AGCAGAAGUGACACCGGUGGGAGGCGGAGUGUGCAGCCUGGCCGCCCGACUGAAGCCUGAGCCGCCGCCGCCGCCGCCGCCGCCGCCGCCGCCGCCGCCGUCGCGGAGAUGUUGGAGGAGCCGGAGGCCGCGACGCGGACAGCCGCGGCCGUGGAUUGCAAAGACAGACCCGGGUUCCCAGUGAAGAGGUUAAUACAAGCCCGCUUGCCCUUCAAACGCCUGAACCUUGUUCCCAAGGAGAAAGUUGAGGAAGACACAUCACCAAAAGCAGCUGUGGAAAGCAAAGUCCCGGAUCUACAAUUGUCUUUGGGCACUUUUGAAAGCCAGUGUCACACAGGCUCUCACGUAGGCUUGAGUACAAAGUUGGUCGGUGGCCAGGGCCCCAUUGAUAGCUUCUUGAGGGCAACAAUCAAGCCAGUACCGAGUGUGGUCAUUAUCGACCUGACGGAGAACUGCAGUGACAUUCCAGACAGCCCUGAGGGCCACAGUGAACUAAGUCCUGACACUGCUGGUGUGGUCACCACAGUGGAAGGAGCUGCCAAGCAGCAGGAGCACUCUGCAGCAGAGCUGUGUCUCCUAGAGACCCCUUCAGACAUCACUUGUCACAUGGAAGAGGAGCCUGGGAGUCCAGGAGACCCAAAGAGGACGGGUGACUGUCAGGCUGGUUCACUACAGAGCUGUCCGGAGCUGACCCCAGGUUCUAGGACAUGCCCCACCAAGGAGUUAUCAAGCUGGAGCAAGGCAGGGGAUCUCCUAUUUAUAGAGAAAGUGCCUGUGGUGGUGCUAGAGGACAUCCUGGCCACUAAGCCCUCCAUUGCCUCUCUUCCCAUGAUGUCCCUGGAUAGGAGUGUCACUUCAGAGAGUGAAAUACUGGAGUCCUGCCCCGAGGAUGACUCCAUACUGAGCCACUCCUCCACCAACUCCUCUUCUCCAACCAGCUCUCCUGAGGGACCAUCCACACCCCCAGAACAUCGGGGUGGGAGAAGCUCCCCCUCCACCCCAGCCUGCAGAGUUGCCAAGAACUUUGUCAAAGGCUCCACAGAGAAGGGCAGGAGCAAACUGCACAGAGAUAGAGAACAGCAGAGGGAAGAGAAGGAAAAGCUGAGGGAAGAGAUACGACGAGCCAAGGAGGAGGCACGGAAGAAGAAGGAGGAGGAGAAGGAGCUGAAGGAAAAGGAGCGGAGGGAAAAGCGGGAGAAAGAUGAGAAGGAGAAGGCGGAGAAGCAGCGGCUAAAGGAGGAAAAACGCAAGGAGCGGCAGGAAGCUCUGGAGGCUAAACUGGAGGAGAAGAGGAAGAAGGAGGAAGAGAAGCGGUUACGGGAGGAAGAGAAGCGGUUACGGGAAGAAGAGAAGCGCAUUAAGGCAGAAAAGGCAGAGAUCACUCGAUUCUUCCAGAAACCGAAGACUCCGCAGGCUCCCAAGACCCUGGCCGGUUCCUGUGGUAAGUUUGCCCCCUUUGAAAUCAAAGAACACAUGGUGCUGGCUCCACGGUGCCGAGCUGCCUUGGAUCAAGACCUGUGCGAUCAGCUGGACCAGCUCCUGCAGCAGCAGAGUGUGGCAAGCACCUUCCUCAGUGACCUAAAAAGCCGGCUGCCCUUGAGAUCGGGGCCCACCCGGGUCUGUGGCCAUGACACAGACAUCAUGAACAGGGAUGUGGUCAUUGUGGAGAGCAGCAAGGUGGACGGUGUGUCUGAAAGGAAGAAGUUUGGCCGCAUGAAGCUUCUGCAGUUCUCAGAGAACCACCGGCCAGCAUACUGGGGGACGUGGAACAAGAAGACAGCCAUCAUCCGCCCCCGGAACCCCUGGGCCCAGGACAAAGACCUUCUUGACUAUGAGGUAGACAGUGACGAUGAGUGGGAAGAGGAGGAACCUGGGGAGUCUUUGUCCCACAGUGAGGGGGAUGAGGAUGACGAUGUGGGGGAAGAUGAGGAUGAGGACGAUGGCUUCUUUGUGCCCCAUGGGUACUUAUCUGAAGAUGAAGGCGUGACUGAGGAGUGUGCAGACCCUGAGAACCACAAAGUACACCAGAAGCUGAAGGCCAAGGAGUGGGAUGAGCUCCUAGCCAAGGGCAAGCGCUUUCGUGUGCUGCAGCCUGUGCACGUGGGAUGUGUAUGGGCAUCAGAGGCAGCCAACUGCACGAGUUCCGACUUGAAGCUGCUGCAGCAGUUCACUGCAUGCCUGCUGGAUGUGGCAUCCCCUGAUGAGCCAGAACCCGGGGCCUCCAGGAGGGAAAAGAGGGACCAGCAUAUCCUGGCCCAGUUGCUUCCGCUGCUACAUGGCAAUGUGAAUGGGAGCAAGGUGAUCAUCCAUGAAUUCCAGGAGCAAUGCCGCAGGGGCCUGCUGACCCUUCCAAGUCCCACCCCACACCUGCAGAUGCCCAACUUGGAGGAUGCUGUUGCUGUGCCAUCCAAGGCCAGGCUGAAGCGCCUUAUCUCUGAGAACUCUGCCUAUGAGAAGCGGCCCAACUUCCGUAUGUGCUGGUAUGUGCACCCAGAGGUGCUCAAGAGCUUUGGCCAGGAGUGCCUGCCAGUGCCCUGCCAGUGGACCUACAUCACCACCAUGCCCUCAGCACCCAGGGAAGACAGUGGCAGUGCUUCUACUGAGGGGCCUGGCCAGAGCACACCUAUGCUACUCAAGCGGAAGCCAGCGGCCACCAUGUGCAUCACGCAGUUUAUGAAGAAGCGGCGCUAUGAUGGACAGGUUGGGUCUGGGGACAUGGAUGGCUUCCAGGCAGACACAGAAGAGGAUGAAGAGGAUGACACAGACUGUAUGAUCAUAGAUGUGCCAGAUGUUGGGAGUGACGUGUCAGAAGCUCCCAUACCUGCUCCCACACUUUGCAAGUGACAGGUGUCAAGUUGAAAGACCUGGGGGAAAUUGACCUAGGUGACAGGGAGUAGUGGAGUGUAGGCACCUGAAGUGCAAGGUUGGUAGUAGGCAUGUUCUGGGCAGUGGAGGCUGUGCUUCCCCUCAGCCUUGUAGAGCUGCUGAGGGAGAUGGGAAUGGAGACCAGCAACAGCCUGCUCCCUGCAGCAUCUGACUAGCAACCACCAGAGUGAGCCUCCUGCUGACUCUCAUGAUAAAGAGCACUUUGUCCUACAUUCCUAGGUCUGGAGUCUGGGGGAGGCCUGGACAGCUACUUCCAAAUUGUAAAGACUCUGGGUCCGUGUGCUAAUCUGCCCUUCUUAAUUGACAGAUGCCUGCUUGGGCCUUAAUCACAGCACUUGCUGUGGGCAAACAUCUGCUAUGAAUUGUGCUAGGGAUGAUGUGGCUGCUGUGCAGGCCCUGGGCAAAUGUGGACAUGUAUAAACAUACUCUACUUGA